AAAUGUAAUAUCAUCAGUGGGUUUACUGCUAACGUUCUAGCAAGCUCAUAACUAUCAACAAACACCAUGUUUGUGUCGAUUGUCCUGGCGACGGUCUGCCUUGCCAGCAGCACGGUCUUGGCUGCAUAUGACAAACCAUACUACGACGUUGAAGACGCAGAGAAGCUGUUCAAUGACUUUGUCCAAGAGCACAAGAAAUUAUACAAUCAAAGAGAUUACUAUGAAAGGCUUGAGAUUUUCAAGGAAACCUUGAAUGAUAUAAAUGAGCAAAAUGCCAUGUUUCCUGAUACUGUAUUUGCAGUAAACCACUUCGCUGAUCUGAAGCCGCACGAGCGGGAGCAAUACCACGGUUUAAAACUCCCAAGUGGAAAUAGAACGAAAGCGGUAGUCCUUGAUUUGCCCGAGGCUACGGAUACUGAAUUGGACUGGAGGAAAAAAGAUGCGGUUACUCAUGUUAAGAGCCAAGGGCAAUGUGGCAGUUGCUAUAUCUUCAGUGCUGUUGGUGCAAUUGAAGGGCAGUAUGCUAUCAAACACAAGCAAUGCCCAGCUUUAUCCGAAGGACAGGCCCUUGACUGUCUUGAUUGUGGAACUUGCAGUGGAGGACUAAUGCAUACCGUUUGUCAGGAAUUAGCGCAAAAAAAGAAAAAGUUGGAGAAGGAAUCAGACUAUCCCUAUAAAGAGGCCAAACAAGCCUGUCAUGAAGAUCAGAGUAAGGGAGUUGCCUUGGUAACAGGAGGUAAAGAAGUAAAAAUUCACAACGAAGAAGAGCUGAAGAAACUGUUGUCAAACUAUGGACCUCUACCAGUUGCCUUAAACGCCGCGGACUUUCAUCAUUAUCAUAAGGGAAUACUAGAACCGAACCUGUGCAAAGGAAAAGAAAUAAACCAUGGAGUGGUCUUAGUGGGAUAUGGAGAAGAAAAUGGAAAGCAGUACUGGCUUAUUAAAAACUCGUGGGGAACGGUUUGGGGCGAGAAUGGCUAUGUGCGACUGAGGCGAGGAGUCAACGCGUGCAAGAUGGGCACGGGUUACACGGCUGUCUGUUAUGUUGCAUAACCUUGCCUUAACCCUUUCUAUCGGCUUCACACAUUACACGCAUUCUCAAUGGUUAUGAAAUACUUUUCGACAUAGAUUAUAAGCGAAAUUUUAAACCUAUGGAAGGAGUUAAAUGCAGUUGUUUUACUUCAUUGUAUUGAUCUUAUGAAUACUAAAAUACAUUUGGCAUUAUUGCA